AUGAACGUGGAUGAACUGCAAGCAUUUAUUAGGAAAACCUUCACCCAUCAGAAGAAUGAACUGGAUGUCAAUGAUCAGAGGAGUUUAAUUGAUGUCUUCCUUGUCAAGCAAAAAGAGGAAAAGCCAAAUCCCAAGUUGUUUUUCACUGAUGUUAAUUUGGUACUUCUUGUGUCGGACAUAUUUGCGGCUGGAAUGGAAUCAUCCGCAACAGUCCUUCGAUGGGGCCUCCUGCUAAUGGCCAAAUACCCUGAAAUUCAGAAAAAAGUUCAAAAUGAAAUAGAAAAAGUAGUUGGUUCUGGAGAACUUUGUCUGAUGCAUAAAAAGCAGAUGCCAUAUACUGAUGCCGUCAUCCAUGAAAUCCUAAGAUUCGGUAAUAUUGCACCAACAGGUGUUCCCCAUUCUACUGCUCAAGAUGUGACUAUAAAAGAAUUUUUUAUACCCAAAGGUACUUAUAUCAUUACAUUACUAUAUUCUGUGUUAAAAGACAAAGAUUAUUUUGAGAAACCAGAAGAGUUCUACCCUGAGCAUUUUUUGGACUCAGAUGGAAACUUUGUUACACGUGAAGCAUUUAUGCCAUUUUCUGCUGGUAAGAGAAGUUGUGUCGGGGAGAACUUGGCUAAAAUGGAACUGUUCCUGUUCUUUACCACGCUGCUGCAAAACUUCACCUUCCGGGCUCCCCCAGGAGUUAAAUUAGACCUCACGGGUGAUUCUGGUUUCACAACUGCUCCAUUACAGCACGAGAUCUGUGCAAUUCCUCGAAACUAA